UAGGUCAAACAAACUUUAAAACUAUUUACACAAUCGAUAACACGUAGAUAGUGUAUACAGGCUGACGCAUCUCACAGGUAUUUAAUCACAGGACUAGACGGAAGGUCGAAAUAACAGGGAGGCCAUGUUGGAUUUUAAGGGAUUCCGAAUUUAGAACAUUACCGCCUAAAGUCCGAGUUACAGUACCCAGUUUUUCUGCUCAGAAAAUAAACAAAGAUCAGCUCAAUGAAAUGUUUGGUUCUCUGUCGCCAUUAUCCAUUAACACAGAACAUGGCGACACAAUGAAGUCAGCAGAAGCUGUAUCGUCUCCUCCAGUCAAACCAUUACUUGAUGAGCCGCGCCUUACCGCCACCAUUGACACUGGGUAUAACAGACUACUCAGUGUUAGCUGUCUGAGUGAAGAUCAAGUCUGGACAGGCGGGGAGAACGAAACCAUGAAGCUGCUCAACCUCCAGAGUAAACUUCUGACAUCAAUACAAACCAAGUCAGGGAGACAACCAGGGGGCAUAGCAGUGACACGGGACGGAGAUUUUGUUUAUACUGACCCUAGUAAAAGAACUUUAAACUUAAUAAAGAACAAAAAGAUACAGACCGUGAUCACACUACAGGGGUGGGUACCUCUCUUUUUCUGCUGUACCGCCUCUGAUGAUCUCCUGGUUACCAUGGUCAGUGAUGAUCUCAAACAAUCCAAAGUCGUGCGUUACUCCGGCUCCACAGAGAAACAAAGCAUUCAGUUUGAUGAUCAGAGUCGUCCUCUCUAUUCAUCUGGUUACAAUAAAUACAUCAGUGAGAACAAGAACCUGGAUAUCUGUGUGGCUGACUAUACAGCUAGUGCAGUAGUGGUGGUCAAUCAGUCAGGAAAACUCCGAUUUAGAUACACUAGUCAUCCCUCUAAUACCGAGCCUUCAUUUUAUCCAUACGGCAUCACUACAGACAGCCAGAGUCACAUCCUGACAGCAGACAGUAACAAUCACCGUAUCCACAUCCUAGAUCAGGACGGACAGUUCCUCCGUUACAUUCACUGUGAUUUAUGCCGUCCAUUCGGUUUAUGUGUGGACAUCAGAGACAACCUCUUUGUGGCUGAGUGUCACACUGCUAAAGUGAAGAAAAUCCAAUAUCUAUAAACACAGUGUUAAUUAUACAUCUACAGUGUUAAUUACACAGCUCUACACAAUGUUAAUUACAUGUCUAACCACAGAGUAAUUUAAAACAUCCUGAUAAUUACAUCUGCUUGUUAAUUACAAUCCAGUGUUAAUUACAGCCCCGUGUUAAUUACAGCCCCGUGUUAAUUACAGCCCUGUGUUUGUGAUGUGUAACAUGUACUUGUGUUUGUGAGUUUAACUGAACAGUCUGACAUUAUUUUGUUGGUGAAUUAAUUCAAUAUGUGUUUGAUUUUACAAUGUAUAUAUUAGAUAAACAUGAUACAGAG